CUGGAAGGGUGGGGGCUGGGGGGAGACUGGGAUUCCCCAAAUCCUUUCGGGACUCCCCAAAAUCCCCCAAAUCCCCCCCAGGUCGCUCUGCUGGAUCUGAAUUUCCUGCCCACCUCCGGCUCGGCCAUGACCAAGCAGCAGCUGCUGCUGGCCCGUGAGUGCCCAAAAACGGCCCAAAAUCACCCCAAAAAUGGCCCAAAAUCACCCCCAAAAACGGCCCAAAAUCUUUUGUCCCAUUUUUUUGUGUUUCGCCCCAUUUUUGGGAUGUUUUGUUUCAUUUUGAGAUGUUUUAUCCCAAUUUUGGGGGUUUUAUCCCGUUUUUGUCCCCAGUACCUGAUGGAGGGCAGCUACAACAAAGUGUUCCUGGCUAAGGGCAACAUCCCAGCAGAGAGCUACACCUUCUUCAUCGACAUCCUGCUGGACACCAUCAGGUCUGGGAGCUGAAAAUCAGCCCAAAAUUAUCCUAAAAUUGCCUUUCUCUCGUCCCCCAAAUCUUCUACCUUUCUUGCCCUCUCCCAGCGGGGCUGGGUGCUGGGCCCCUCCAACCACUACAGCUUCGGGGGGCGGCAGCAGAAGGCCGAGGACCCCCCGACCCCCUCGACGGAGCUGGCCACGCAGGUGAUCGAGUACGCCCGGCAGCUGGAGAUGAUCGUCUGACCCCAACCCAAAUUCCCCCUUGCUCACCUCCCCCCACCUUUUCCCCACCUUUCUCCGGGUUUCUCAGCCUUUCAAGUGGUUUUUUUUCCGGUGAGGGUUGAACAGUUCAAAGGGGGUUGGGGCCUCCUCUCCCGCACCAAGAUCCCGUUUAAUUUCCUUGUUUCGUUUAUUCUGCGGUUUUGGGGGUUGGUUUAAGGGGUUUAAGUGUUUUUUUGGGGGUAGUUAUGUAUUUAAAAUUAGUUUUGGGAGGUCUGAAACCGCCAAAAUCCUCGUUUAUUCCCAUUUUCCUUCUGUUGUGUUUUGGGGGGAAUCUUAAAGUGAGGGACCCCCAGACCCCCAACUCCCCCUCUUAUCUCAAUUUCCCCACUUUUUUUUGAAAUUUAACAAUUUCAAAGCUUCUUUUGGGGGGUCCGCAGUGUGUGGGGGAUUUGGAGACCCCUCCCCACCCCCUUUUCGAGCAGUACUGGGGGGCUGAGCCCCCUCCCCACCCCCAAACAAUGGACCCCAAAAUGUUGUUUCAAUAAAGUCCUGGAG